AUGUCGUGGCAAACUUACGUUGAUGAGCAUUUGAUGUGUGAUGUUGGAGACGGCCAGGGUCAUCACCUAGCUGCCGCUGCAAUCGUUGGUCAUGACGGUAGCGUUUGGGCUCAGAGCGCCAACUUCCCUCAGUUCAAGGCACAAGAGUUCACUGCUAUAAUGAAAGAUUUCGAUGAACCGGGUCACUUAGCCCCCACAGGGUUAUUUCUAGCUGGAGCCAAGUACAUGGUCAUCCAAGGCGAGCCUGGCGCUGUAAUCCGUGGCAAGAAGGGAGCUGGAGGCAUAACCAUAAAGAAAACAGGUCAAUCAUGUGUGUUUGGGAUCUAUGAAGAGCCCGUGACACCAGGACAGUGCAACAUGGUCGUCGAGAGGUUGGGUGAUUACCUCCUUGAACAGGAUCUCUAA